AUGCGUUGCUGUGGCUGCAAAGUGCACAAACCGGCGUGCCUGUUGGUUCUUGGUCUCGUCAUUGGAGUUCAGAUAUUUUUGUUUCAGAGCGACGAUGCCGUGAAUGUGUUUGUCUUGUCCGAACCCAAGUUGAUGGACAAUUUGCCGUAUGGCGAACACGAUGAUUUCCGAGAAGGACGAAGUUGCUUCUAUCACUCCCCGCAUAAAUUUCCCUGGAUGCCCUUGUGGGAAAAGAGUCCUUGGACAUGCCAAGAAUGUAACAAUGGAAAAUGCAAGCCUCUGGUCCCACACGGCAGAUGUCCUCCGUUUCGGAGAAGAGAGACCGACCAAGUACCACGAGUCAUGAGUCAAGCUAGUCCAUUGACCAACCAAAAGUCACACACACUGGUCUACCAUCACGACAGUCAUACAAGUUAUGCCCAGGUCGAGACACCUGCUUGCAGUGGUACUCUGGCAAUGCCUUGCUUUGAUCUGAAUCGAUGCAGUCGAUUUGGACCUGUCAAGGUCUUCGGGUAUGGGAAAACUGUGGAAGCAUGGGUGGACUACGCCGUGACACAAACCAAGGGAGUCGAUGUCAUUCAGAAAACCAACAAUCCACAAGAUGCCUGUCUGCUUGUUGUGGGCAGGGACUCCUUUGCUGCGCCAGAAGAGUUGCUGCAAAGCAAGCAUUGGAAAGGAGGGCGAAACCACUAUAUCUUCAAUUCGAUUGAACUCUUUGGAACUCAUGGAGAUAGACCCUUCAACACAAAGUGCCAUUUUGGAAUGGCUGCCACCUCGCAAGUAUCUGCUGACGACGCAUUCAGCCGGGAAGGCUUUGAUACACCAAUGGGAUUGUAUCCGAAAUGGAAGAGACCAGAACAAUAUCGCGAGCUGGAUAUCAAUCGAAAGCGACGUCUUAUACUAUCCUUUCGAGGAGCCGUGUAUUCCUGGGAACAAAGAUAUUGGCAACAUCGAUGGAUUGCAUCGGAAUAUUGGGAAAAAGCAUCCGAUAUUUCCGUGGAUACCAAAUGUGGAAUCAAACGAAUAAAGCCAGAAAUGGACGAAGAAAAGAGAUUGAAUCCUGGAAAAAUAGACUAUGAAGUCAAAGAUGGCAAAGCACAUGAAGAAAUGCUGUUGAAUUCUACAUUCGUUUUCUGCCCAGGAGGGGGCGGGGCCAACAGCUUCCGCUUUCCAGAAGCUUUAUCUGCAGACGCCAUUCCCGUUGUGACAUCCGAUUUUCUACCGCCGUUUUCGCCAGAAGUUGAUUGGAGCAAUUGCCUUGUGCGGGUGAGCGAAGCCCGUGUGGUCGAUAUUCCCAAUAUUGUCAGAACUAUCCCAGAAGAGGAAAUUCGGAAACGAAGGAAAGAGUGCAAACUACUGUACGACAAAGUUUAUGGAAAUGAGAUUAGUCAACAUUUUACAGUUGCCAUGCAAGUGUGGGCCAUUCGCAUCAAGAGCGCAUUACGGAGAAAGUUUGAAAUGCUGGACAUUGUGCUUGCUUAG